CUCUCCAAUCUCCACACCUGAACUGCGUCACUAGGUGUGACAGAAGGAGAGUAUAUAAACGCUCGUCACCCCUUCUGCCUAGAAGAACUUCAGAACUUUCCGUGUUCGCAAUCAACGGCAGUAGAGACAGAAGAAGAUUUCCGCAGUUUGAAUUUUAUUUUCGAAGUACUGUAGCAAUAGUGAAGCUAUCCCCCGCGGAACCGAAGUGAAAAUGAGUGGAGCAAAGAACAUCGUGCAACAGUUGGUCUUCUUGUGCCUGUGCGUGUGUGUUUUGAAGGCAUCGCCCCUCCGAAGGGAAGAGUGUCGCAGUGAAAGAAUUUGCCAGCAGCAAGAAGCCUGUAAGUUCACCUCGAUACGUUGGCAACCGAAUUUCAGGGACUUGGAGUGCAGACCGAAUGAAUACCGAGACAAUGUCCUCUCAGAAGUUUGCGGAUCUUGCACGUGCGGGCCCGAGCACACGUGCCUUCCCAGCAAAAUCGCCAGCCACCAGACUGACUACGUGAGCUGUACCUGGUACUGCCGUCCAACUCCUGACGAGUUCUACCCCGAGAUGUAACCCCCCCCCCUCCCCCAUUGCUAACGAGCAACACAAAGCUGAUAUGAAAUCAAAAUUACAAAUGAAAUAAUCAAGAUGACCACAAGGUGGCGGUGUGACAGGAAUGGAA